AUGAGUCUUCCGCGCCGGAGUGGGAAACGGCGGCGUUCAGCGUCCGGUUUCGACUCAUUCUCGGGAGACGGUGAUAGCUAUGUCAGCCCUCAGCUGCCGUCUGGACCGGUGCUGAGUCCACCUCCGGGGCUGGGACGCGGCCCGAGGGCCGCAGGGGCAGGGACGUGCAAGCAAAGAGUUCCCGAGGACCAGCUAGACCAGCUGCUACUGGCAAACUGGGGACUCCCUAAAGCAGUUCUGGAGAAAUACCAUAGUUUUGGUGUACGGAAGAUGUUCGAAUGGCAGGCAGAGUGUCUUUUGCUUGGACAAGUCCUGGAAGGAAAGAAUCUAGUUUAUUCAGCUCCUACAAGUGCCGGGAAGACUCUUGUGGCAGAGUUACUUAUUUUGAAGCGGGUUUUGGAAACGCGGAAGAAAGCUUUGUUUAUUCUGCCCUUUGUGUCUGUGGCUAAAGAGAAGAAAUGCUACCUCCAGAGUCUGUUUCAGGAAGUAGGGAUAAAAGUAGACGGCUACAUGGGCAGUACCUCACCCUCUGGGCGUUUCUCCUCCUUGGACAUCGCUGUUUGCACUAUUGAGAGGGCCAAUGGGCUGAUCAAUCGCCUCAUUGAGGAAAAUAAGAUGGAUCUGUUAGGAAUGGUGGUUGUGGAUGAGUUACACAUGCUGGGGGACUCGCACCGAGGAUAUCUUCUGGAACUUUUACUGACCAAGAUUUGCUUUGUUGCUCGGAAAUCAGUAUCGUGCCAGGCAGAUGCAGGCAGUACUCUGUCUAAUGCUGUGCAGAUUGUUGGCAUGAGUGCUACUCUUCCUAAUCUGCAGCUCGUAGCUUCCUGGUUGAAUGCCGAACUCUACCAUACUGACUUUCGCCCAGUUCCACUUUUGGAAUCAAUAAAAAUAGGAGAUUUUAUAUAUGACUCGUCAAUGAAGCUCGUGAGAGAAUUUCAGCCCCUACUCCAAGUGAAGGGAGAUGAAGAUCACAUUGUUAGUUUAUGUUAUGAGACUGUUCGUGAUAACCAUUCAGUAUUACUCUUCUGUCCAUCAAAAAAGUGGUGUGAGAAGGUAGCAGAUAUCAUUGCCCGAGAGUUUUAUAAUCUGCACCAUCAGCCUGAGGGAUUAGUAAAACCAUCUGAAUUCCCACCAGUGAAUCUAGAGCAAAGGAGCCUUCUGGAAGUGAUGGAUCAUCUAAAGCGUUCGCCUUCAGGACUGGACUCUGUACUGAAGAACACUGUGCCAUGGGGGGUAGCAUUUCAUCAUGCAGGUCUUACAUUUGAGGAGAGAGAUAUCAUCGAAGGAGCCUUCCGUCAGGGUCUUAUUCGGGUCUUGGCAGCAACGUCUACUCUUUCUUCGGGAGUGAAUCUCCCAGCACGCCGGGUGAUUAUUCGCACUCCAGUUUUCGGUGGCCAGCCUUUAGAUAUCCUCACCUACAAGCAGAUGGUUGGCCGUGCUGGCAGGAAAGGCGUAGACACAAUGGGUGAAAGUAUCCUAGUUUGUAAGAACGCUGAGAAAUCGAAAGGCAUUGCUCUGCUUCGAGGAUCUCUGGAGCCUGUGCACAGCUGUCUGCAGAGACACGGAGACAUCACUGCUAGCAUGAAACGAGCUAUUCUGGAGAUAAUCGUUGGCGGAAUGGCAAGUACAUCACAAGAUAUGCAAACUUAUGCCUCCUGCACAUUCUUGGCUGCUGGCAUAAAGGAAGGGAGUCAGGGAAAGCAGAGAAAUCAAGAUGAUGUUCAACUUGAAGCAAUUGAUGCCUGUGUGACAUGGCUGUUAGAAAAUGAGUUCAUCCAGGAGGCAGAGCCCAGUGAUGGCUCAGGAGGAAAGGUAUAUCACCCAACUCAUCUUGGGUCGGCUACUCUCUCUUCCUCACUUUCUCCAACUGAUACCCUAGAUAUUUUUGCUGAUCUCCAAAGAGCAAUGAAAGGCUUUGUUUUGGAGAAUGACCUUCAUAUCGUCUACCUGGUUACACCUGUGUUUGAAGACUGGACUGGGAUUGAUUGGUAUCGAUUUUUCUGUCUAUGGGAAAAAUUGCCAACUUCUAUGAGAAGGGUGGCAGAACUGGUUGGAGUUGAGGAAGGGUUCUUGGCUCGCUGUGUGAAAGGAAAAGUAGUAGCCAGAACUGAGAGACAGCACCGGCAAAUGGCCAUCCAUAAAAGGUUUUUCACAAGUCUUGUGUUAUUGGAUUUAAUCAGUGAAAUUCCCUUAAAGGAAAUUAAUCAGAAAUAUGGAUGUAAUCGUGGACAGAUUCAGUCUCUGCAACAGUCAGCUGCUGUUUAUGCAGGAAUGAUUACAGUGUUUUCCAACCGUCUGGGCUGGCACAACAUGGAACUACUGCUUUCCCAGUUUCAGAAGCGGCUCACGUUUGGCAUCCAGAGGGAGCUGUGUGACCUCAUCCGGGUGUCCUUACUGAAUGCUCAGAGAGCCAGGUUCCUGUAUGCCUCUGGCUUUCUCACCGUAGCAGACCUUGCCAGAGCUGAUGUUGCGGAGGUGGAGGUGGUUCUGAAGAAUGCUCUGCCUUUCAAAAGUGCCCGAAAGGCAGUGGAUGAAGAAGAGGAAGCAGCUGAAGAACGUCGCACUAUGCAAACCAUUUGGGUGACUGGCAGAAAGGGUUUAUCUGCAAGGGAAGCAGCAGCCUUAAUAGUGGAAGAAGCCAAAAUGAUUCUGCAGCAGGACUUAAUUGAAUUGGGAGUGCAGUGGGAUCCAAAUUCACCCUUGAGUUCUAGCACACACUCACCAAGCAGUAGUGAGUCAGAAGUAAAGGGAUACACAUUCAAAUCUCAAGCUAGGAGUGCUCAUAAAAAGUUGACCUCAAAGAACCGAAAUACUAUGAGAAUAAGUGAGUCUAGUGAUAAACAUUCAGGCUUAGGUGAACACAGAGAGCGGGCAGACUCUCUCUCUUCAUUCCAGGGGAAUCACGGGCAUCAGUCACAAUCCAUUUGCAAGGAGAGAAAAGGGACUUCUUUGGGUAUAAAAAAAGAGAAGCUUCGAAUGUCUGUGAGUGAAGGAGAACCAAGCACUAGGAAUGUUAUUCAAACUUUCUCUUUGGAGAAAAAAAGAAAAGCUGCUUUGAGUCCUAGUUCUGAGCAGAUGAACACCAAUUUUCCAUCUUGUAGAGACAGAAAGUAUCGAAAAAAAUCUUUGGGCAGUAGCCCAGUGCAUGACUCUGGGGCUGAUCAUCUUAGGGAUGAUUUCCAGGCACAGACUAUGUCUAGAUCUACUCUAUGUGAAAACCCAUUUUCCUUAGACAAGCAGAAUGUAGAAUUUAGAAAUCCAGGCCUACGUAGAAAAAAUGUAUCUCUUGGUGCCAAGGAAAAGUACAACAAAGCCUCAUUCCCUUUACAAAUGCAGCAGCCUUGCUUAAGGAAAAAACCAGAAAGUAAUGGUGCUAUAGAACAUUCCCUUGCAGGAUCUCAGAGUAAAAAUGUGACUGGUGUUGCUAGCAAUGGAAGAGGAUUGGCUGAUACUGAGACAGGAAAGCUAGAUGAGGAACUCAUAGAGAACGGUGCAAAAAGCCAGAAUGUUUCUGUGAAACUCCAUGACACCCACCCAGUUAGCCAUUGCCUGGAAAAUCAGUGUGACAAACAGACAAACACUUGCACCAAACAGAAAGCAUUACUAGAGAGACAUGUGCCCUGUGAAGCAGUUAAUCAUAUGGGCAGAGACUCGAGUGAUGUGACUAGCAAAUGUGAAAGUAGAAAGCUUUAUAGUAAAGAAGAUGAGUCAGAUUACUGUCAGGCAUUGGGAAAUAACACGGGCAGAACUGAGGCACGUACUGGAUUACUGCAGUCAUCUGCAGAACUCGGACAAUCAGGUGGCCAGCGUGAGCAUCUUGUAAGUUCUGGAGUACAAGAAAAAGCAGAUGCUUACACAACAAAUAAAAGUGAACAUAAUCAUGUUUCUAACCUAGCCACCUGUGACUUUGGAGACAGCUUCUACCUGGAUACUCAGUCAGAGAAAAUCAUCGAACAGGUGGCAGCUGAACAUGCCAAGCAGGGAGCAAAGGCGGUAGGGAUCACAGAGAAGGGCUCCGGCACUCGGAACUCAGAGUGCUGUUCUCGGGAUGAGGGUCACAGUACUGCAAGUGAACAGCAUUUUCCGGGAGCAGCUAACACAGACCAUUUGGACAGUAAGAGUGUGGCAACCGUGAAACAAAACCCUGGAAAGGGCAUUGGUAAACCAGCUCCAGCAAGCCUCAUUUUCCAUUCUUCAGCACCACAGGGGGAACAUGGCCCUUGCUUUAAAGAGAACGAGCAGUCUGUUACUGACUCCCAAUUAAACAGUUUUCUUCAAGGUUUUGAAACACAAGAAAUGGUUAAGCCAGUCCUACCUCUGGCUCCUCCAAUGGGAACUCCUACUGAUUUGGAGGAAGAAAGUCUGCCUGAAACCAGUUUGAAUAUGAGUGACAGUAUACUAUUUGACAGUUUUGGUGAAGAUGGCUUAGUAAAAGGACAGUCACCUGAUGUACAGGCAAAGCAGCCCCUCCUUUCUGAGAUGACAGCAAACCAUCUCAGCAAUUCCCUGAGCCCAAGAGAAGAGCUGGUCAUGAAGGCAGAUGUGAGCAGACGUCAGGGUGUUCCCCAGCAGGUGACUUGCUCCAGUGGUGAGUCUAUUCUAUUUUCAGAGAUGGAUUCUACUCAGAUGAUUGAAGCCUUGGACAAUAUGGCUCCUUUAAAUGCUCAACAGAAUUGUAGUUCAGUAGCCUUUAAAACGUUAGAACUCAGUGAUUCUGCAAUGCUGGGUAAUGAGUGUCCCCAAGGAGAAGUGAUCAGAGGAGAUAGAAAUGAAAGGACCCAGAAGUCCAAACUCACUGGGACAAAUAAAGAUAAUUCAUUCGCUUGGUCAGGAUCAUCAUUUGACUUAAGUCCAGAACUGCAAAGGAUUUUAGACAAAGUGUCUAGUCCUCUAGAAAACGAAAGGCCCAAAUUAGCACAUGCAGACUUGUCUUGCUUUGAGGAAAAUGGCACAGAAUUAAAUGUGAGACAGGAAAUGAAUUCAAAUUUGGAGACCAUUCAAGUUCGGAGAAUUUCUCUUUUCCCCAAUAAUGAAGUUAAAAGCAGGCUCAAGGGGGUAGGGAAUGAGGCCAGGCAUGGUGUGGCCUUAUCUCCCUCAGAGUGUAAAGAAAGUGCCACAGCUGAUGACAAUGGCCUCAUUCCUCCAACACCCAUUCUUGCUUCUGCUUCUAAGCUGGCAUUUCCAGAGAUACUUGGAGCAUCUGUGAACCGGCAGGAAGCUGGCAGUGUUUUUCUGCCAGGUGAACAUUGUUUGUUUGGUUCGCCUUCAGAUACUCAAAACCAUGUUUUAAGUCAAGGGUGUAGAGACAGCGUCAAGGACGACAGUUCUGUGGGAGACACAAGUUCUCCUCUGCAGUUCUCUCAGGAUGGGCUGCACUUAACUCCAGCCUCAUGCAGCCCGGAAAGCUUGGCCAUAAUCGAUGUAGCGAGUGACCAGACUCUGUUUCAAACAUUUGUAAAGGAGUGGGGAUGCCAAAAGCACUUUUCCAUCUGUCUGGCUUGUGAAAAGAUUAGAAGUUCGACAUCUUCCAAAACAGCUACCAUAGGGGGAAGGUUGAAGCAAGUCAGCUCCCCUCAGGAAACCUCUGGUGAAGAUGACGGCUUUCCUGUCCACGGCUCUGACGGCAUUGUGGUCGUUGGGCUAGCAGUCUGCUGGGGUGGAAAGGAUGCCUACUAUCUGUCACUGCAGAAGGAGCAAAAGCAUUCCGAAAUUAGUCCCAGUUUGGCCCCGCCUCCUCUGGACGCAACACUGACUGUGGGAGAGAGGAUGGAGCGCCUUCAAUCCUGCUUGCAAAAUAAAUCUGACAAAGAGCGCACUGUUGUCACCUAUGACUUCAUCCAGAGCUACAAGGUCCUCCUCCUGUCCUGUGGCAUCUCCCUGGAACCCAGCUAUGAAGACCCCAAGGUGGCCUGCUGGCUCCUCGAUCCAGAUUCUAAGGAGCCGACUCUUCAUAGCAUAGUGACCAGCUUUCUCCCCCAGGAGCUCCCGCUCCUAGAGGGAAUAGAGACCGGCCAAGGAAUUCAGAGCCUGGGGCUAAAUGUGAACACUGAACAUUCUGGGCGAUACAGAGCGUCUGUGGAAUCCAUUCUCAUCUUCAACUGCAUGAAUCAACUCAACUCUUUGUUGCAGAAGGAAAAGCUUCACGAUAUUUUCCGUAAAGUGGAGAUGCCCUCUCAGUACUGCCUGGCCUUGCUGGAACUGAAUGGAAUUGGCUUUAGUACUGUGGAAUGCGAAAGUCAGAAGCAUAUCAUGCAAGCCAAGCUGGAUGCCAUUGAGACUCUGGCCUAUCAGCUAGCUGGCCACAGCUUUUCCUUCACCAGUGCAGAUGACAUCGCACAGGUUCUAUAUUUGGAACUGAAGCUACCACCAAAUGGAGAGAUGAAAAUGCAAAGCAGCAAAAAAACUUUGGGUUCUACCAGAAGAGGGACUGAGAGUAACCACAAGCUGAGACUGGGAAGACGGUUCAGCACUAGCAAGGAAGUGUUAAAUAAAUUAAAGGCCUUGCAUCCUUUACCAGGCCUGAUACUGGAAUGGAGAAGAAUCAGUAAUGCUAUUACCAAAGUGGUCUUCCCUCUGCAGCGGGAAAAGCGCCUGAACCCUUUUCUCAGAAUGGAAAGGAUCUACCCUGUAUCACAGUCACACACAGCUACAGGACGGAUAACCUUUACAGAACCUAAUAUCCAGAAUGUGCCAAGAGAUUUUGAGAUUAAGAUGCCAACACUAGUAAGGGAAAGCCCACCUUCUCAAGCUCCAGGCAAAAGCCUUCUUCCAAUAGCCAGACGACAAAGUAAGAAGUUUUAUGGCCCGCACCCUGGGAAUGGGGCACUGACGGAAGAGAAGGCCUCAGAUAGAGGGGUGCCAUUUUCAGUGAGCAUGCGCCAUGCCUUUGUGCCGUUCCCAGGUGGUUUAAUUUUGGCUGCCGAUUACUCUCAGCUUGAACUGAGGAUCCUGGCUCACCUAUCACGUGACUGUCGCCUCAUUCAAGUCUUAAACACUGGAGCUGAUGUUUUCAAGAGCAUUGCUGCGGAGUGGAAGAUGAUCGAGCCUGACUCUGUUGGGGAGGAGCUGAGGCAACAAGCAAAGCAGAUUUGCUAUGGAAUCAUAUAUGGGAUGGGAGCUAAAUCCUUAGGAGAACAGAUGGGCAUUCAAGAAAAUGAUGCAGCUUGCUACAUUGAAUCUUUCAAGUCCAGAUAUACAGGGAUUAAUCAUUUCAUGAGGGACACAGUGAAGAACUGUAGAAGAGAUGGAUUUGUUCAGACCAUUUUGGGAAGACGUAGAUAUUUGCCAGGAAUCAAAGACAACAAUCCUUAUCAUAAAGCCCAUGCUGAACGUCAGGCCAUCAACACUACAGUCCAAGGAUCAGCUGCUGAUAUUGUCAAAACAGCCACAGUUAACAUUCAGAAGCAAUUAGAGACCUUCUAUUCAUCCUUCAAAUCCCACGGUCAUCGGGAAAGCAUGCUCCAGAAUGGCCGAACAGGAUUGUUGCCAAAGAGAAAACUUAAAGGGAUGGUUUGUCCUAUGAGAGGCGGCUUCUUCAUCCUUCAACUUCAUGACGAGCUUUUAUAUGAAGUGGCAGAAGAGGAUAUUGUUCAGGUAGCUCAGAUUGUCAAGAAUGAAAUGGAACGUGCUAUAAAACUUUCUGUGAAGCUGAAAGUGAAAGUGAAGAUAGGUGCCAGUUGGGGACAGCUGGAGGACUUCGAUGUGUGAUGGUGCAGGUGACCGGUCCAGUUGGGGACAGCUGGAGGACUUCGAUGUGUGAUGGUGUAGGUGACCGGUCCAGUUGGGGACAGCUGGAGGACUUCGAUGUGUGAUGUGCAGGUGACCGGUCCA